AUGGAUUGUACCCAUGUAAAAAUAAAAUCCCCUGGAGGAGACAAUGUAGAAGUGUACCAGAACAGAAAAGGCUUCUUUUCCAUAAAUGUACAAACAAUUUGUGAUGCAAAUUUGAAAAUACAAGACAUUGUAGCAAGAUGGCCUGGAUCUUCCCACGAUUCUACAAUAUUUAAUAAUUCAGCAAUAAGAAGCAAGUUUGAAAGAGACGAAAUGAAAAAUAGCAUUUUGGUAGCCGACAGUGGAUAUGCUCAGUGUAGCUAUGUUAUGACUCUAGUCGGAAACCCUCACACAGUUAUAGAUCCAUUAUCAGGGAUUUCUACAGUUGCUGUAGACAGAUAUAAUGAGUCUUUAAUCAGAACUCGAAACACUGUGGAAAGAAACUACGGUGUUUGGAAAAGUAUUAUUGUAGCUACUGCAGUACUUCAUAAUAUAGCAUGUAACUUUAGAGAAAUUACACCAAGGGUUUCAACUGAAGUAGAAUCUUCAAUUCGAAUCACAGAUUUCAGUAAUCCAGAAGAUAAUAGAACUAUUAGAAAUGCAAUUCAUCAUACUAAUAGAAAGAGAUUUCUUCGAUAUUUCCAAAAUGCAGUUUAA